AUGAGCACAACCCAAAAACCACCCCCUCGUCCCUCCCACUCCGUCCUACCAAACUCGCCCUCUCCUGCAAGACCUCCGCCAACCAAUUUCAAGUCAAACUACUAUUCUCCAACUUCUUCUCAACAAGAUACUCUGGUUCCUCAACGCUCGGCCCCUCCUCCGCCUAAAAAUAAUUAUCAACGUGGCCAAGCGAGUCUAAAAAUGAGUUCUACAUCAUCGAAUAAUUCAAAUGGAAGGAGUACGCAAUCUUUGAAAGGACAGCCAUCGGGUCAGGGUAGUGGAGCCUACAGGAAGGGUCCCCCUAAAUCCAAUAAAGCUCCACAGGCAAUCUCUACUUCCGUUGCAAAAAGUCCGUCUAGCACUAAGAACGGUAGUGGGGAUAGUUACUUUUCACCUAGUUCUCCAAACUUCAAUUCCGCUGGGUACAAUAACUCACUUAAAGGCGCUCCUGCUAUUAACGUGCAUGGUGAACCUAUACAGUCACCUACCGAUAGAGAGAAUGGGAGUGGAAGAUCCUUCAAGGGUGUUCUUAAUAAUUUUGUUAAUCAAAUGCAAGACUUCUUGGGACCCCCAAAGAGAGUUGAGAUUUCGUCCCCGUUUGAUCCAGUUCAUUUGACUCAUGUCGGGUUUAAUCAAGACACGGGAGAAUUCACGGGUUUACCUCAAGAGUGGCAGCAGCUGUUACAAGAUUCAGGUAUCACUAAACAAGAUCAAGAAGCAAAUCCUCAGGCUGUGUUGGAUAUUGUCGGGUUUUAUCAAGAUAUUACGGGCAAUACAAAUCCAAGUUUGAUCUGGGAAAAAUUCAAUAAUGCUAAAUUGAACAAGACGCAACCUAAAACACCAACAAGCGUACCAAGAUCACCACCGCCGCAUACUGACAAGGCAUUUGAAAAUCCCCGAAUAGCUCCAUCGCCACCGGAACCAAAGAAGAAAUCCACACCUCCUGUACCAGCAAGACCGGCAAACCCGCCAUCACCAGCGGAGCUGAGAAAUAGACCAACAUCGCCGUCAUCACCAUCAUCGGCUCAAAAAUAUCCAAAGAAAACAUCACAAGACCCUCCAAGGCUUCCGCCAAUAAAUCCUCUGCCACCGCUCGACAGUCGUCCCUCGCCAACGCCACCUCCCAAACCAUACAAACAACCACCGCGCCCCAAGGACCAAUCUCCUGUUCCCCCACCAGUAAAACCAAUUCCGCCAGCGAAACCAACUCCACCAGCACUUCAACCCGCACAAAAGCCAACCGUACAAAAGCCAACCGCACAUGCACCGAGUGCUCGCCGAAGGGAACAGAAACCAAAAUCAAAAGAAUCAUCAGCGGAUAUCAUAGAGCGCUUAAAAGCCAUCUGUACCGAUGCAGAUCCAACCAAGAUGUAUAGGAAUCUGGUCAAAAUCGGUCAGGGUGCAUCAGGUGGAGUUUACACGGCAUAUCAAGUGGGAACGAAUUUGUCUGUGGCUAUAAAACAGAUGAACUUGGAACAACAGCCAAAGAAAGACUUGAUUAUCAAUGAGAUUUUGGUUAUGAAAGAGAGUAAGCAUAGGAAUAUUGUCAACUACAUUGACAGUUUCUUAUGGAAAGGCGAUUUAUGGGUUGUUAUGGAGUACAUGGAAGGUGGAAGUUUGACAGAUGUCGUGACGAGUAACAUAAUGACAGAGGGACAGAUUGCUGCUGUCAGUAGAGAGACUUUAGAAGGACUCGCCCAUCUGCAUUCUAAAGGCGUCAUUCACAGAGACAUUAAAAGUGAUAACGUACUUCUUGCCCUUAAUGGCGACAUCAAGCUCACUGAUUUUGGUUUCUGUGCCCAAAUCAACGAAAUCCAAAGUAAACGUACUACAAUGGUUGGCACGCCGUAUUGGAUGGCACCAGAGGUAGUAACACGUAAAGAAUAUGGACCUAAAGUAGACAUUUGGUCACUUGGUAUCAUGGCAAUAGAAAUGAUUGAAGGCGAACCACCGUAUUUGAACGAGAAUCCGCUUAGAGCUCUGUACCUCAUUGCCACAAAUGGAACGCCACAAUUACAUCAUCCGGAGAGUUUAUCUCCCGUGUUCCGCGAUUUCUUGGCCAAAUCGCUGGAAGUUGACGCCGAGAAGCGGCCGACGGCUGUAGAGUUGUUGAAGCAUCCUUUCCUUCAAAAAUCAGAACCACUCCGUUCGCUAGCACCAUUGAUUAAGGCUGCUCGUGAGAAUGCUAAGAGAGGAUGA